AUGCUGUGCAGCUCGAAACCCGGCGAGGUCUACGAGCGGCUCACGUCCAUGCUGAGCAACAUGUCCAUCGUCUCGGGCGUCGUGUUGUCCGCGUUCGCCGGCGCGGCGCUCAGCCCGCUGGCGCCGGACGACUACCCGCCCGCGGCGCGGACCAAGGUCGACGCGUUCAACGCCGUCGCCGCGGCCGCGGUGACCGUCGCGAUCCAGCUGCUCGUCUGCCUCUACUCGACGUUCACGCUCUACAUCCUCACGGCCAACGCGCCGUCGCCGUCGGCGACGUACCGGCACCUCAUGCACAUGGCGCGGUGGAUCGGCUUCCUCGAGUUCAUGACCUUCGUGCCCGCGCUCGGCGGCUUCGUGCUCGUCGGCAUCGCGGCGACGUUGCGCUGCGGCGACUUUUCCCUCUACGUCGUCGCCGCCGUCGCGGCGGCCUUCGUGACCUUCCAGGCCUGGUUCGUCUGCCUCAACAUGUGGGCGUUCCCCUACAACUCGUGGUGCUGGGCGCUCCCCGCGGGCAGUGGCGUGCCCUGGAUGCUGCCGUGGAACCGCGACCUCGCGGAGGACCACGGGAGGCUCCUCCUCGACGAGGCCCGGGAGGGCGUCCUCGCCGGCCUCGACGACGACGGCGACGACGUCAUCGACAACGUCCGCGAGCCGGAGCGCGCGCGCGAGCUCGCGGACUGGAUCCGCACCGCGCUGCCGGGCUUCCCGCGCUGCGUCGACGUCGCCGAGGACCUCCUCGCGAACGGCCUCACGCGCGACCGCCUCGUCGAGGCCGCGACGCUCCCGGGCGGCUUCCAGGUCCUCGUCGACAUGCUCUCCGCGCAGAUGAAGGGCUCCGGCCUGCGGCCGGGCGACCGGCUCGCCGUCGCCGCGGCCGCGAUGCGGGACGCGGCCGCGGUCGCCGUGACGGUCAACAUUGGACGAAGCAGCCCGAUCGAAAAAAAAUCCGAGGCGAUGGACUUACUGUCCGGCGCCGCGGCGUCCAUCUUCGGCGAGUCCAUGCCGCCGCAGCCGCCGCCGUUCUGGCGCUGCCGCUGCGGCAGCGUCAAGGUCGAGUUUUCCACGGCGCCUCGGUUCUGCUUCGACUGCCAUUGCCAGAGCUGCGUCGCCUGCGCCGAGUUCUGCAUGACGAACAUCCCGAGCGGCACGUCGGCGCUGAGCGAGUGCGGCGGCGUGAAGAAGGCGCUCUUCCACUGCGGGGACUGCACGCUGCCGCCGGACGCGCACGAGAAGCUCUACUGGAUCCGCGUGACGACCGAGGGGCGGAACUACCGCUCCGCGACCAAGUGCUGCAACACGCUCAUGUGCACGGCGUCGCUGCCCAUCGCCCUGCGGCCCUUCAACCGCAACGGGCUCUACAACUUCGACGGCAGCAGGUCCAUCCCCGAGCCGCGCGCCGACGGCAUGCCCGAGGGCAUGCUCUCGUGCCUGCUCCACGCCGCGGCCUUCGCGCCCGGCGACGGCAAUCCCGCGUGGCUCCCGCCGAGCCCCGCGGCCUUCGACCUCGGGAGCGACUGGCGCAGCAGCACGCCCGGGUUCGGCUCGCGGGACGCGAGCGUGUCCGAGGGCACCUUGGACGACGGGAGGCAGGCGAGCACGUCGGCCACCGCGACGCGCUUCGACCGCGUCGCGUUCCGGAGCGCCUCGUCCGCGCGCCGCUGCUCGACGACGGACGUCAUGGACCCCGUCGUCGCCCCGGACAUCACCGACGCGUCGCCCGGGAAGCUCCGCAGGGACUUUCCGCCCGGCGACGCGCCGCCCGACAGGGGCGACAUGGGCACGGGCGGGUCGAGCACGGGCCCUUCCGCGAAGGCGACGAAGGACUGGCCCAACAAACUCGGCCGCUCGAGCUGCGCCGGCGUGUGGGGCCAGCCGAACUUUUUCUGCCAGCGCUUCGCGCUGAGCUGGCGCCGCUUCUCCGCGAGCGCGCCGACGCCCGUCGCGCGGGCCUCCGCUGCGCAACGUCCUGGGCCCGAGGUCUGGGACGCGAUGCCGCCCAAGAAGAAGGGCAAGGGGAAGAAGGGCGGGAAGAAGGGCGCCGCGAAGCUCGCCGAGGAGGCGGCGAAGCAGCAGCAGCUCGCCGCGGAGCAGGAAGCGAAGCGGCGCUACGAGGAGGAGCAGGCGGCCCGGGAGGCGACGCUCGUGCUGCGCGAGGAGGCGCUCGCGAAGCGGGAGCAGGACGCGCUGUCGCUCGAAGUCGAGUACAAGAACAAGCUCGAGGGCAUCGACAGCGAGGUCGCGCUGCGCGCGCGCAGCGGCAUCGCCGCCGCCGAGGCGCGCGAGGCGGCGAGCGAGCGGCGCGCGGUCAUGCGCGAGACGGAGUGCCAGCAGCGCGAGAGCUGCUUCGCGGCGGCGGAGCGGGAACUCGCGGUGCGGUCCAUCGAGAUCGCGGCGCGCGAGGCGGCCAUGGGCGAGAACGUCAUCGGCGGCGUCGCCGAGCGCCUCGACAAGAUGCUCAGCGAGCAGGCCGUGACGCGGGACACCAUGCUCACGCGCCACAAGGAGAUCGAGCGCGAGCGCGCGGCGCUGAAGGUCCGCGAGGCGAAUUGGCAGGAGGAGGUCGCGAAGAUGGAGGCCCAGCUCGCGGCGAAGGAGCGCGAGGCCAAGGCGCGCCUCGAGAAGGAAGAAAAAAAGGUGCUCCAGAAGGACUUCACGCUGAAGCGCCGGCUGCAGCGCCGCGUCCGCGAGGCCGAGGCCAUCGUCGAGGCGCACCGCGCGGAGUGCGCGGUGCGCGACCGGCGCCUCAAGGUGCGCGAGGAGGAGAUCAAGCGGCGGAACACGGACCUCGUGCACCUCCUGCGCAAGGCGCGGAAGCACGAGCUCGCGUUGAAGGACAAGGCCGCCAAGGAGAACGCGUCGCCCGCGGCGGGCGACUUCGCGCCGCCGCCCUGGGAGCCCCAGCGCAGCCCGCCGUCGUGGCAGCCCCCGGGCGCCGGCAACGAGGAGCUCGCGGCGCUGGAACUGGCGGCGUCCGCGGGCGCGGCCGCGCCGGACGCGGCGCUCGCGGCCGCGGCCCCGAAGCCGCUCGGGUCGCCGUCGCCCUCGCGCGAGCUGCUCUACCGCCCGGCGUCCGAGGCCGGGUCCCCGGGGAAGCCCGACGAGCCGAAGAAGCGCGACGUCGCCCAGGACGAGUUCAAGGCCGUGCUCCGCCGCGUCCAGGCCAUGGAGGACGAGCUGGUCGAGGAGCUCCGGGCCUUUGACGGGUCGCGCGAGCAGGAGGAGGCGGACGCCGUCGAGGCGGCGCUCAAGGACGUCCAGGCCGCCGAACGGCUCGUCCUCGCCGCCGAGGGCCUCACGUCGUCGGGCUCCCGGCCGUCGUCCGCGCAGCCCGCGGCCGCGCCGCCGCGGCCCUACGCGGCGCGGAACCUCCCGGAGCGGUCGCCCGUCGCGGACGCGGCGACGCCGACGCGGCCGGGCCGCGGCGCGCGGCCCGCGUCCGCGGGGCCCGUCCGCGCGGAGGAGGCCUGGGCCGCCGCGGUCGCCGACGGGCCCGCGCCCGCGGCCGACGAGCCCGCGCCGGUGUACACGAUCCGCCAGCACGAGUUCGACAUCCCCGAGUUCAAGACGAACCCCGACGACAAGACCCCGCAGGGGUUGCGCGGCUCGAACGCGUAUUCGAACGCGGACUACUAG